UAAUGCUACGGGCUGGCAAGAAAAAACAUACUGUUAAAAGCGGCAUACAUCCCAAAAAUAACGCUGCCUGGAAUGCCCGUCGUAUCUUGGCAUUUCAUAUUUUUAUCUCUUCUUUUUUUUGUUCCGUUGUCCGUUUUUCUCAUUUAAUUUUUCACUUUUUUGUUCUUGUACAAAUUGGAAGCAUUCAGAGCAUAUAUCCCAUUACAUAUAAAAAUGUCCAUGCGUGUUCUCUCCAAGACUGCCCCCGUCACCCGGGCCUACAUUCGCUAUGCCAGCACUGAAUCCACUACCCAGAAGGCCGGGCAGGUCGUUCCAAUGCCACAGGCGCCGUCAAGUGGUCUGACCAAGUCGCUUUGCAACCUGUACAAGAUCGUCACCGGUCCUCUGCCCGCCAUUGUUAAGGGUCCUUUGAACAAGGCAGUCGGCAUCUUCGAGCCCAUCCUGUACUACUCUGAGGUCGUCUACCACUUGGGCAAGCAGGUCGUUGUCCGCCAGAACUUUACGCUCCCGGCCAAGGCUGACUUUGCCGCCGCCGAGACCCAACUGUUCAAGGUCCUCGAGUUUGUCAAGGUCAAGAACAUCAAGUCAAUCAAGGAUAUCCCCGUCGAGCAGUGGAAGAACGGCGCCAUCAAGACCUUCGAGCUUUCGGCGCUGUUUGUUAUUGGCGAGAUUGUUGGCCGCCAGAACCUGAUCGGCUACAAGGAUUAGAAUGUUUCCAUGUGCAAAAGCUUCAAUUAUAUUACUGAGACCAUAUUAAAUCUUUCCAGGUGCAAGCACGCGGAAUUUACUGUAUGUUUUUUUUGGUAGCCAAAAUAAGAAAAAGGUCAAGAUGCAUGAAA